CCAGUGGAGACCUCCAGGUGACCGGCAGCGCCCACUGCACCUUCAACACGGCUCAGAAAGCUGUGGGGAAGGACAACUUCACCCUGAUCCCCGAGGGCACCAACGGCACCGAGGAGAGGAUGUCCAUCAUCUGGGACAAGGCUGUGGUGACCGGCAAGAUGGACGAGAAUCAGUUUGUGGCCGUGACCAGCACGAACGCGGCCAAAAUCUUCAACCUGUACCCGCGGAAGGGCCGCAUCGCCGUGGGCUCCGACGCCGACCUGGUCAUCUGGGACCCCGACAGCGUCAAGACAAUCUCUGCCAAGACCCACAACAUUUCCCUGGAGUACAACAUCUUCGAGGGCAUGGAGUGCCGUGGCUCUCCUCUGGUGGUCAUCAGCCAGGGCAAGAUCGUGCUGGAGGAUGGCAACCUGCACGUGAGCGAGGGUUCGGGGCGCUACAUCCCCCGCAAACCCUUCCCCGACUUCGUCUACAAGCGCAUCAAAGCCAGGAGCAGGCCUGUCUGGUACGGCUGGGGUGGCUGA